GGCACCGAGCUUCCCUUCCGAAGGCCGGGACGACAAAUGGCAACGCAUCCGCGCGAGGUCAGAAUAUACUUCAUAGAUAUCAUCGCAUCGCAAAUGGCCAUCCAGAUGAAACCCACGCCAUUUCGAGGAACCAUUGAAUACUAUUCGCUUCUGUCAGGUCUCCUCGUGGCGAGUCUAUCCAUUCUCCCCUCUUCCCGCAAGAGGACAGUAGAAAAGGCUGCAUUUGAGGCUUUCCGCUAGAUCCCGUUCUUUAAGGCCUUGGCGAUCAAAUUGACGUCCUUCUCUCCGAACUUUUUUAGAAACUCCUCUAUCUCUCUCGGCCCCCCUCCAAAACAGCGGAAUUAUCAAAGCUUGUUCCCUCUCGCUUAUGAGAAUAAUAUAUAUAAAGAAAACUUCUGGGGAGAACCAACGGAUCAAAAGAAGGAGAUCGAGGGGAAAAGAUGAUGCAAGCUGCUGCGAUCGCGGGCAAAGGAAGCAUUCUUGGUGCCUCUGAGCUUCAGAGUCAUCACAGGAGAGGCUCGGCCGGUCUCGGCGCGUUCCAAGGGAGGAGUUCGGGACCGAAUGAUGUGCGGAUGCCGAAGGGUGGAUUCUGUUGCGGAAGUUCGCCUUUCGGUUCUUCGCUGAAUCUGGGAGUGGACAUGGCGCGGGUGAGGUCAGGGGUGGAAGGGGUCUUCAGGUCCGGAGAGAAACCUCGAUGGGUCAGGGUCCAAGCUUCUUCUGGUGAUCUGGAGGAUGCUCCUUCUGAAAAACUACAAGCAAAAUCUUCUGGGACUGUCUUGCCAUAUGUUGGUGUUGCUUGCUUGGGCGCCAUUUUGUUUGGAUAUCAUCUUGGAGUGGUGAAUGGAGCACUUGAAUAUCUUUCAAGGGAUCUUGGAAUUACUGAAAAUGCUGUACUACAAGGAUGGGUUGUUAGCUCAUUACUUGCAGGUGCUACAGUUGGUUCUUUUGCUGGAGGAGCAUUGGCUGACAAAUUUGGUAGAACACGAACUUUCCAACUGGAUGCAAUUCCACUUGUAAUUGGUGCAUUUCUCAGUGCUACAUCCCAGAGUGUACGGGCGAUGCUAAUUGGCCGGUUACUUGCUGGAAUUGGAAUUGGAAUCUCUUCUGCCAUUGUGCCACUAUACAUAUCUGAGAUAUCACCAACUGAAAUUCGUGGAGCACUUGGAUCUGUUAAUCAACUUUUCAUUUGCAUCGGAAUUCUCGCUGCUUUGGUUGCUGGAUUGCCUUUGGCAGGAAAUCCUUUAUGGUGGAGGACAAUGUUCGGUAUUGCAAUUGUUCCCUCUGUCCUAUUGGCAUUGGGGAUGUCUAUGUCUCCAGAAAGUCCUCGCUGGCUCUUUCAGCAAGGAAAACUAUCUCAAGCAGAGACAGCUAUAAGGAAACUCUUUGGAAAGGAGAAGGUUGCCGAGGUUAUGCAUGAUCUAAAAGCUGGUGGCCAAGGUUCCACAGAAUCUGAUGCCAGUUGGUUUGAUCUCUUCAACAAACGCUACAGGACAGUUGUAAGUGUAGGGGCAACAUUAUUCUUGUUUCAACAGCUGGCUGGUAUAAACGCUGUUGUAUAUUAUUCUACAUCUGUGUUCCGGAGUGCGGGAAUUGCUUCUGAUGUUGCAGCAAGUGCUCUUGUUGGGGCAUCAAAUGUCUUUGGUACUGCCAUCGCAUCUUCUUUGAUGGACAGGCAAGGAAGGAAAAGCCUCCUAAUCACAAGCUUCACUGGAAUGGCUGCUUCAAUGUUGCUCCUUUCAUCAUCUUUCUCUUGGAAGGUUCUGGCACCUUAUUCAGGAAUUCUUGCAGUGUUGGGCACGGUGCUAUAUGUGCUGUCCUUUUCACUGGGUGCUGGCCCUGUACCAGCCCUUCUGCUUCCUGAGAUAUUUGCUUCCAGAAUCAGAGCCAGGGCGGUUGCAUUGUCUCUGGGCAUGCACUGGAUUUCCAAUUUUGUUAUUGGACUCUACUUUUUGAGCGUCGUGAACAAGUUUGGGAUUAGCAGAGUCUACCUGGGGUUCGCAGCAGUCUGCUCGCUUGCAGUUCUGUAUAUAUCUCGCAAUGUGGUGGAGACCAAGGGCCGAUCGCUGGAAGAAAUCGAACGUGCCCUUAACCCUGCAAUUUGAUCUGUUAAAGGUAACUGGAGCAUUUGCAGGUCAAGAGGAGGGUGGGAACAUGGAUUUAACAUGCUCUCCUUCGGUCCUUUGGAGAUAAUUGAAGGAAAAUUUUUAGGCUUCUAAGAGGCUUUUUUGGAUGGUGUGCAUGAGUUAAAUAAAAUUGAUCUUGAUAGAUAUCAAGUUCGGUGCUAUGACAUCUUCAAUGAAAUUCGAAGAUUGCGUAGCUUUAAAAUGGUGUUGCUUUUUUUGGAUGUUUUGCUUAAUUUGAGAGAAAAUCAAGAUGCAAUGACUUGUAGUCCUAGUAAGCAUCAUUUUGUAGGAUUGCAAGCUGUUUAGGCUCUGGAAAUUUUCAUACUUGAGAAGAGGUUGACAUCAAACGUAGACUGUUCUCACGCAUGGGUGGCAGUCUGUCUCUUAUUAUGUUAUGACGUCGUCUUAGUUGCAAUGCAGCUGCAAUUAAUAUAA